UCUGCGUGUGUCAGUAUGUCUCUCCUGCCGUCAAUUUCGAGCAACAAUUUGACUGAAAUUGAUUCCCUGCGUCUGAAUGGACAAAUUGGAGUUUUCUCUCCGUCAUCUGUGAAGAAGCAAAAUUACGAAGGAUCUUUUGUCGUCGCUCAUGACGACAGAGCCUUCUAUUGCGUUUUGCGUCACAAAGAUCCUCGACAACCGCUAGUACAGAAAGUUAAACUUAACAACACAACGAAAAUUCAAGACAAGCCUAAUGGAAUUGUAGUCAUAGCAGACAAUGGAACAAUCAUUCGAAUUAGUGCACAUGAUGGCAAACGAGGAAAUGAUACAAACUUUUGUAUUGUUCUUCGAUCAGCCGUGGCUUUACUGAAAAGAAUAACUAAAGACGGCCUUACUGUAGGAGAAUACAAAGGAACACAAAGGAAAAAAUCUGGACCGCUUGAUUGUGCGUCUCGUUAUUCUGCACAAAUGUUUGAGUUUAGUAGCAGUGAAGAAGAUGAGAAUUCAGUUGUGAACACAUCUGACCGUCAUGAGCAGCCAUCUCAGCCAGUCUCUUUUCUCAAUCCAAAUGCAACAGACUGGAUAACUCAAGAUAGAACCUAUGGUAGAGCAAAUGGUAUUUCGUUUUUGUCCAACAUAGACAAGGAUUUGAUGAGAGAGUCUAAGCCCAAGGCCAGUCCCAAACCUCCUAGUUAUGGGAAGAGACAGGUUUUAGCAGCACAAGACAAUAUUGAAAAGAAAUCUUCCCCAAAUUCAUUUUACGGAGUUGACGGCGACAACAGCAGUGACGACUUUACACCUUCAUCAUAUUCGCAUAGUGCAAGGUUCUCUAGUCAAGUGAAUGUUGUUGGUAGUAAAAGAUUGCUUCCAUUUAUUUCUGCUUCACCAAGUAACCAGCCAAAGAACACUAAUCAUAACAGAUCUUUGUCUCAAUCACAGUCUAGUCAUUCAUCCAUAAUGUCAUCAUUUCGACAGUCAACACUCAGCAUUCCUUAUACAUCACAGUCGGGGUUUUCUAAUCUUGGAAAUACGUGUUACAUGAAUUCAAUACUCCAGGCAUUGUUAGGACUGAAAUCAUUUGCGGAAGAUCUCAAAGCAAGUGAUACGUUAGAACGAAUGGGCAAAGGGAGCUUUUACAGGGCACUGCAUGGAUUAUUGGUAGCAAAAGAGAACAGGGCAAAGUCUGAUGUGAGACGAGAUGCACUGUGUGAUGUGAAGAAGUGUCUUGAGACAGCUGUAGGGAGAUACAGAGGAGGACGACAGCAGGAUGCUCAUGAAUUCUUGUGCUUUGUAUUCGACCUAUUGGAUUCAGAAGUGGAGCAAGCGGCGAAGAGGGCGAUGGAAGACCUCUCAUUCUCCCAUCUUACACCAGCAUCGCUUCAUAGUCCAGUAACAGUUAACUUUGCAUGCAACACUCGCAGCACAUUAGUGUGCAAGGGGUGUGGCCACAAGAAUUUCACAGACGAAAUGUUUCUAACAUUUCCUAUUGCAUUGUCUGAUUCAAGACCAGCUGUUGGAGUAGCUUCUGUACAGUCAAUGUUUAUUGGGUUUUUUGAUGACUAUGAAGUUGGGCACAACUGUGGAUGUGGACAUGGAAAGGGUACUGUUAGUCGAAGCGUAACAAGUUUGCCAAGGGUGUUGGUUGUGUUUUUGAAACGAUACCAACUUGUAAACCAAACUUACAUGAAACGAACAGAUAGAGUUCGAAUUCCUCGUAUUCUUUCACUUGAUGACGUUUGCGAUGUGCGAGUGAAGCCUCCUCAUGACUUUGUGUGUAAAAAGGAAACUAAAGUUAGUCCUGCCGAUAAUUCUAAGAGAAACGAAUGCCCUAGUCCAUCACUGUUACGGGACAAGUGGAAACAGACAGAAAUCCCUAAGUUGCAUUACCAGCUAAGGCUAUCUCCUGCAGCUGAAAAGUUGAAGGCUCGAACCGAUUUGUACAUACAGAACAUGUCAGAGGAUGAGCAACUAAAAAUGGCAUUAGAGCAAAGUCAGUGCACAGUGGAGAACCAGACUGCAUUAAGAGUGUUACCAUCUAAGGAACCGGCAAGUAACGUGAUGAACAAUCAGGCACCAUUGAGACGAGAUAAACCCUUAUCUGAAUGGUCAGAAGAGGAACAGAUUCAGAGAGCUAUAGAAGAAAGCAAAUUGUUAUUAAACAAUCAACACCAUCAUAGUUGUGACAAGAUGGAUUUCGAGACAAACAAAGAAAAUUGGGUGGUUCUGAGGAUUCCGGGCCAAUUAGAUGGAACUGAUAGACAGUCUCCAAAUAGUGAGUCUGUUUAUGAAAGCAGUGGAAACACACCUUUUUUGUUUACGAAAAGAAAGAGUUUGUCUGGUGAUAAACGAAAGCGUGAGAACAGUGUGGAGCCGAUCAUGAAAUUAGUUGAAGACAAUGGCCCUUCGAGUCGCUCGAGGAAACGACUUUGCUUAGAUACACCAAGCACAGAACAGCUGGUUACACAACUGAGUGGAGAAAACUCUAGUGUCACACCUGUUCAGCCAUUUACUUUGUCAGACAGCGAUGAAGAUGAAGAGUUCUCUAAAGCCAUGUUUAUUGAUGCCAGUAGUGGCAAGCAACAUGUUGCUGGAAAUACGCCAAUGGAGGCGAGUAGGGAGAGCUUGCAAGAUGCUGACAGCCACGAAACAGAAAAGAAAAAUUUAGCAAAAGCCAUGGCUUGCAGUUUGGCAGAACAUCAUGAUAUGAUGACCGAGGAAGAACAGUUAAAACAUGCUUUGAGUCUGAGCUUACAGGAGUGUGGUGAUGUACAGUGUUUGGAUUUGGGUGAAAGCAGUGAUGAUGAGAUGAUACCCGACAGUGAAGUAGAACCAAAAAUUGGCAAUGAGAGACAUGCCUAUCGUCUGGUCAGUGUGGUGAGUCAUAUCGGAAAAGGUUCAAGAACAGGGCAUUACUUGUGUGAUGUGUACGAUCCGACUGCAAGAGUAUGGAAAAGCUGUGACGAUUCUACUGUUAGAGAUAUUGAGGAGUUGGAGGUUCGACAGAAGAGAAGUACGACUGGCUACAUAUUCUUCUAUAUGCACAAAAAAAUAUUUUCUGCUAUUGACAUCAAGAAGUCCUGAAGAUUGUUAUAUUACUUUGAAUUCUUUUGUAAGUAAUGAGAUAGUAGAACAAAUGGAUUAAUAGGCGACCGUAACAAUAGACAAUACUCCAAGGCUGUGGUCACG